AUGAAGAUGAUUUUAGGUAGUGAUAUUGAUUUCGCCACCCGCAAGAUCGCAGUCCGCCUGACUCAGACCAAGAUCAUUCAUCAGGAUGGCGAUAACUUCAAGACGAAAACCAACAGCACGUUCCGCAACUAUGACCUGGAUUUCACCGUUGGAGUGGAGUUUGACGAGCACACCAAGGGCCUGGACAACCGCACUGUGAAGUCGCUGAUCACCUGGGAAGGCAAUGUCCUCGUGUGCGUGCAGAAGGGGGAGAAGGAGAACCGUGGCUGGAGGCAGUGGGUCGAAGGGGACAAGCUGUACCUGGAUCUGACAUGCGGUGACCAGGUGUGCCAUCAAGUGUUCAAAAAGAAGUGAUGGCCACGAGGGGCCUGCUCCACACUCCCAGUGAAGGGUUCUUCACCGGCUUUGAGACGAAGCCGUGGGGACCCUCCCACUCCUGACAGAGCCUGUUAAGACAUCUGGAUGGGUUUUACACGGAACGAAUGUGUACCAGUGACAAACAUAUUCUCCCUUCGUUGAAACCUGGCAUUAAAUGAAAAAACAAAACUCA